AUGGGGUGACACCACCUAGAGAAAGGCAUCCAGCAAGGCAAGAAGAACUAAUUCACAGGACUGCUGGCUAGUGGUGCCAUGGUGAGAGAACAUGAAGUCAUGCUGGCUAAUUCUGAUACACCUGCUAUGGCUGAGGGACCAUCAGUGUGCGCCUACAAAGGAGCAAGAAAUCAAUCCACGCGAACAACUGAAAACAUUAUCUGAAGUUGGUGAGAAAUAUGUAGACGAAGAGGUAAAGAAAGCUCUAAUAGGCAUUAAGCAGAUGAAAGUUAUGAUGGAAAGAAAUGAAGAUAAACAUGUACAUCUGAUGAAAACCUUGAAGAAGAGCAGUGAGGAAAAGCAGGAGGCUCUGCGGCUUAUGGAUGAAGUGAAAGAACAAUUAGAGGAAGAAGAAAGACAAUGUCAGGUGGCUCUGAGAAAUCUCUGGGAUGAAUGUAAAACUUGCUUAGAAAGUAAUUGCAUGAGAUUUUAUACCACCUGCCAGCACGGUCUGUCAACAUUUACAAGUAAGGUUGAAGAUUUUUUCAGGAAAAUAUCUCCACUGACUUUUACUUUUCAUGAGGAUCAAGAAAAAGAUUUCCAGUCAAAUGAAAAGCCUGAGAAGGAAAAUGCCCAGCUAGUACAAAUGGAGGAUUUAUUUAGCCAGCUGUUAUUGGAUGUGAGCACAAUAUUUGAUAAAAGCUUUGCUUUUUUCAAACAGAUGCAAAAAGAAUUUGAUCAAUCUUUUCAAAUAUAUUUUGUGUCUGAUCUGGACUUUACUGAACCCUACUAUAUGCCUGCUUUCCCUGAGGAUCCUGUGGGAAACAGCGGUUUUCAGAAAGAUUGGGGUAUGCCAGGCUUCCUCCAGAUAUUUUUUGACUUCAGCAAGACUCUGUUUGAAGGUGUCAGCGAGGUGAUUUCUGAAGCAAUUGAUGGAUACACAGAAAGUGAAAGAGAUUUGCCAGAGGAAGCCAAAGAUUCUGACAGAAGUGGCAUGCUUUCAAAAAUCAUCCCAGGACAUAAGAGAAUGCUGUGUAAAGAGCUCCGUCAGAAUUCAUCAGGAUGCCCACAGUUUCAAGAGAGAUGCCAGAAAUGUCAGGAUAACCUAAUGAAAGAGUGCCCAAACGUCCCUGAACUACACAUAAAGUUUGAUGAAGCCUUUAAGCUGGUUAACGUCUCGGAUGAACAGUAUAAGCAGAUCCUCCAGGUGGUUCAGCGUCACACAGAAGACACUUCCUACUUGUUGAGCAAAAUGAAAGAAAGUUUUGGGUGGGUGUCGGAACUAUCCAACGUGACCAUCGGACCAGAAAACAUUUUCAAUAUUGUAAAGGUAUCACCAAGUGUCCAAGAAGCAGAUUCUUUCAGUCUGAAUGGAACAGUGGUCGAUGUGAAUAUUCUGACUUCUCCUACUUUUACAAUUAAAGUUCCUCAUAAUUUAAACAUAGGGAGUUCUGAAUUCAUUGAAUAUGUAGCUGGGAAAGCUCUGCAACUUUACAAGCAGAAUUUUUAAGGAGGUAAGUUAUUUGUCCUUGUGUAGUGAACUUAAAACUUAGUAGUAUCCAUCUCUUUUUUCUGCAUUGUAACUGACUUAAGCUGGAACAAGAUUAGGUCUAUUAUACAAUCUAUGCCUGUCUCUCCAUUAGAGAGAUGGAAGAUAAAAGUAGUAUGAAAAACAAAACCAAAUUUCUUGGUCUGUAACAUUCAGACCUGUCAUGCUUAUGGCCAUAGAUCACAUUUAUUUAUUUAUUAGAUCCUCUCACUCUAGGUAAUAUCUAGGACAAGAUAAUAUUGAGGCAAGUGUUCUGUGCAAAGAUAAUUGUGUCACAACUACAGAACAGCUCUCCAGUGCUCUGUCAUUAGAUACCUUACAUUCAUGUUCCUUAAUCAAAAAGAAAAGACCACUGAUCCGUCUGAUCAUCGUUUAGGCCAUCUUGCUCUGCUUGACACUUUUUAAAUAAAGAGGACGAAUUCAGAAUAGAUGUAUUGACAUGUAAGAGCUCAUUAUAAUAUUGUGCUAUACGAACUUGGGAUAAAUAUUGCUCUUUAGAUUCACCUACAAAGUAGAAGCAUCCAUGUUUCCUCCCACCAUUUGUGUGGAAGGGGGCACAUGGCCGUCCUCCCUCCUCUGGGUCUCACAGAGGCUGCACUGCAUGUUUAGGGAUCUCCUGGAGGGAAAGGCAGGCUGGAGAGAUGCAUGAUGUUCUCUAACCUGGCAGAGAUUCUCCAGAAAAGAUAGUUAUUACCUAUUCCGUGGAACCUCCCUCACAGUUCUGAGUUGCACUGAGAAUGGGACCUGCUCUGUGAAGGCACAGGCCUUUCUACAAAUGACCCCGGCAUCCCAUGGUUCCAUUAAGAGUGCAUUCGGCUGGGGCAGAUUGUAUGACCUUUAGGUAGGGAUGAGGCGGGCAAAUCCUAUCCUUGACAGAGUCAUGUGAGGGGGAAGAAAUCUUUGUAAAUGGGUGAGGGGAUUCUCGCAUAGAUUUCUAGUGUUGCCAACUCCGAAUUUUAAUCAAAAGUGUAAUAGUGGGUGUUUUCUUUAAAGCCCCAGCUCCUGGAGUUUUUGAUUAUUUGAGAAUUUCAGCCCAUUUAAAAAAAAAAUAUGUUUCAGGUCUGCAGAGGAAAAGCUGGAAAAUGGGGCCUGAGCUCAUUAGAAAGGCUCAAAAACCAGCAAGCAAAUAAAAAGAACACAGCACAGAGUAUACUUUAAAAAUCACAUGAUGUUCAAUGCAAUCUCAUAAUUUUCUGGGGCCUGACUCAGGAUUUUUGAACACUGGGGAUUGGCAAUAUUGAAUUUUUUCCCCAGAGUCCCUUCCUGCAGAAGAACGAACAGGGCCUUUGACUGUACAUAUAACAUAGUAAAACAAGACUAUCCUGAACUUUGAUUUGGCUAUGUUGGUGCAUAUUACAUCAGAAAUGUACACAGAAGUGAGCCAUUUUACAGGGAAAUAAGAAAUCUCAUUUCACCAUGGGUUGUUUCUUUAUAGCUAUUGCUGCUAUUAGAUCUAACUAUUAGCAAUAAUCACUCUUUUUUCACCUCACACAAACCUAAGUUUGAGAACACUAAGUACUAGAAGCCUAAUGGUAAUACCGUAUUUUCUGGCGUAUAAGGCUACUGGGCGUAU